ACUGGCGUGCACACACACACACACACGCACACGCACACCCAGGCACGGCAGGAAAGGCAGCGAGCGCCCCUGCUGCCCCCUGCCUCCUUCCUAGCCACCCGCCCCUCUGCUCUCCUCUGGCCGCCGCCGCCUGUCCGUGCGCCUCUUGGCCGCAGAGCAGCUGCACCGGCCUCGGGCCCCGCCUGUCCUUCCCUGGCCACUGGGGAGGCGGCGAGAGCGAAGCAGCACCGCAGCAGCCGGGUGGGGAGAAAGACUCUCCCUUCUCCUCCUCCUCGCCCCAUUUCUCCGGGCGGAAACAUGGCAGAUAAUCUAAGCGAUGCCUUGAAGAAGCUGAAGAUAACAGCUGCUGACAGCACAGCUGAUAGCUUGGAGGGGUGCUUGGACUGUCUGCUUCAAGCUCUGGCUCAAAACAAUACAGAGACAAGUGAAAAAAUCCAGAAAAGUGGGAUCCUCCAAGUGUUUGCAAGUCUGUUGAAUCCGCAGUCCUCCUGCACUGCAAAAAUAGCUAACGUCAUAGCAGAAGUAGCCAAAAAUGAAUUUAUGAGGAACCCGUGCGUGGAUGCUGGCCUGAUCCCACCUCUGGUGCAGCUCUUAAACUGCAAAGACCAGGACGUGCUUCUUCAAACAGGACGUGCCUUGGGCAACAUAUGCUACGACAGCCAUGAGGGCAGAAGCGCAGUUGACCAUGCAGGUGGGGCAGAGAUUGUAAUAGACCAUUUAAGGUCACUGUGCAGUAAAACAGAUCCAGCCAGUGAGAAGCUCAUGACUGUCUUUUGUGGCAUGCUGAUGAACUAUAGCAAUGAGAAUGAUACCCUACAAUCUCAGCUCAUCAACAUGGGUGUUAUCCCUACGUUAGUGAAAUUGCUGGGCAUUCAUUGCCAAAAUUCGGCUUUGACUGAAAUGUGCCUUGUUGCGUUUGGCAAUUUAGCAGAACUUGAAUCAAGCAAAGAGCAAUUCGCCUACACAAACAUUGCUGAAGAGCUUGUGAAACUGUUCAAAAAGCAAAUAGAACAUGACAAGAAGGAGAUGAUAUUUGAAGUUUUGGCUCCUUUGGCAGAAAAUGAUAUCAUUAAGCUGCAGCUGGUUGAAGCAGGCCUGGUUGAAUGUCUACUUGAAAUAGUCCAAAAGACCGUAGACAGUGACAAAGAAGAUGACAUUGCCGAGCUCAAAACUGCCUCUGAUCUUAUGGUUCUACUACUGCUGGGAGAUGAAUCAAUGCAAAAACUAUUUGAAGGAGGAAAAGGAAGUGUUUUCCAAAGGGUGCUUUUGUGGAUCCUGUCUAAUAGCCAUCAGCUGCAGCUUGCAGGAGCACUGGCAAUUGCAAAUUUUGCUAGAAACGAUGGAAACUGUAUCCAUAUGGUGGAUAAUGGCAUCGUUCAGAAGCUGAUGGACUUACUGGACAGGCACGUAGAGGAUGGCAAUGUUACAGUGCAGCAUGCAGCACUGAGCGCGCUCCGAAACCUCGCUAUUCCUGUUGUAAAUAAGGCGAAGAUGCUGUCAGCUGGCGUGGCAGAAGCCGUUUUGAAAUUUCUCAGAUCCGAGAUGCCCCCUGUUCAGUUCAAGCUGCUGGGGACGUUAAGAAUGUUAAUAGAUGCACAAGAAGCUGCCGAACAACUGGGGAAGAACGUGAAGCUGGUUGAACGGCUGGUGGAGUGGUGUGAAGCCAAGGACCACGCAGGUGUGAUGGGAGAAUCAAACAGACUACUCUCUGCUCUUAUACGACACAGCAAAUCAAAAGAUGUAAUUAGGACCAUUGUUCAGAGUGGCGGUAUUAAGCAUUUAGUUACCAUGGCAACUAGCGAACACGUAAUAAUGCAGAAUGAAGCUCUUGUCGCCUUGGCACUAAUAGCAGCUCUAGAAUUAGCCACAGCAGAGAAGGAUCUCGAAAGUGCUCAGUUAGUGCAGAUUCUACACAGGCUGCUUUCGGAUGAGAGGAGUGCACCAGAAAUCAAGUACAAUUCCAUGGUGCUGAUCUGUGCUCUUAUGGGAUCAGAACUCCUUCACAAGGAAGUGCAGAGCCUGGCCUUUCUAGACGUCGUAUCAAAACUCCGCAGCCACGAGAACAAAACGGUCGCCCAGCAGGCUUCCCUCACAGAGCAGAGACUCGCCGUGGAAAGCUGAGGAAAGGGGUACCCGCGCUCCCACCUAGCAUCGCGUCACAGAUUUCACCUUUCAUCCUGUCCUGCUGCGUUUCUCCCACCCACUGUGUCACUUGUGCAUGCAUGUAACAUUCCCACAUGGAUCGAACUGCUGUAGGUACCUCUCUCUCCACAACCAAGAUUUCUAUAAACCCAUAGCCAGUCGCCAUCAACAUGGAUCCUGUCUCUCUUACACACAAACACAAAAUGUCUCCUAGCCCUGUUAAUUGUUCUACAUGUAUUCUCGUUGCUUGAGCCACAUAGUAGAAUGUGCAUGUUGUAGUCCUAUAAUAAUGUAAAAAAGAGAGAGAGAAAGACGUGGUACUACUACAUCAAGGACUCCUCCCCUCGUACCCCUAACUCCGUAACAAGUGUACUGCUAACUUAAGGACAAAGCACAGGAGGCAGCAAGGCCGGGCUGGACUGCCAGGGGUUUCAGAAAAUUGGGAGGGAGCCUCUUUUGGGAAGGGAGUAUUGCUGCUCACUCACUGGUCUUGCAUAUUAAUGUCAACCCCAUGGUACCUAGAGGUAAACAAAUAAACUCCAGUGCGCUCACA